AGUACUCAAUUGUCGCAUAAUAUGAUCCGCACCGAGAAUUUCUUCGAGGACGAGAAGGCAUCUCCUUUAAUGGCACGGAAUCUCCGCAACUACCUUUCGGAGAAGAAUGCUGAAGAGGUUAUCACUCGAGUAAAGGGUUGGGCCGACUAUCUGCCCGAUUCGGGAGCUUGUGAGGCUGGGAAGUUCUGCGAUGAACCCGAGCUUGUGCGUAUCUUCGAGCGGGACGCUGAGCGAACGUAUGUCACUCCCGACCGGGCCUCUUCGAAGGAUCCAACAGUGGUGGAGAAGCAUAAUGCCUGUAAGAAGCGGAUCGAGGAGAGGCAGAGGAGGCAUAUUGAUACCCUUCGUAUGGCGGCAGUUGAGACUAAGGACUAUCACCAGGGGAUGGGAUAUAUUGCCGCCUUCUUGGGAUUGUUCUUGUCCCCUGAAGAGGCGGCUGGACUGGUGUUGGCCCUCCAUCGUUCGGAGAAGCACUCUGAUGGGUAUUUCAAGGGAGCUCCUCAGGCCUUUUUGGCUGACUGUAGGGUCUUUGGCGAGAUCAUGAAGAAGCGCAUGCCUGAGUUGCACGCACAUCUCAGCUCGAAGGGCAUCUUGCCGGAGAUGUACUGCAGUAAGUGGUUCAUCGGCCUAGGGCUUCAUGUCCUGCCUUUCGAGGCCCUGUUGGACUUCUAUGAGCUCUACCUUGAGCAUGGUGUAGAGGGAUACAUGUUCAAGUUUGCGCUGAUGUACAUGCAGACGUUCCAAGAGAUCCUCAUGGAAUGUAAGGAUACUCAUUCGCUGAUGACCAUUUUGAGGGCAGAGGAUCCGGCAUGUGAUUGGAAGUUGCCAAAGCAGUUGGCUGAGCUCGAGGAGAAGGAUAAAAUUUUCGAGAAGAUUGUCAACGAUGCUUUGUCGAUUGAUUUGUCCGACUUUGAUCUUUCUAAAAUGCGAGCGGAGCGACGCGCUGAAGUAGCUGCCGAGGUUGAGAGAGCUCGGGAGAGAGAACAGGAGCUGAAGGAUCUUUACGGUGACGAUGAGAUUGUUUUCUCUGAUGAAGAAGAUGAGUAA